UGAGAUCUCAUUUCAUCUAUCGGACCGCCUUAUUACAAGGCUACCCAAGACCAAGCUGCCCCGGCCCGCUUCAGCCCCACCUUGAAACGCGCUGGACCCUGAACUUGGAGUAGUAAACGUCACUUCAGCCCGACUGCUUACGCGCAGCGCGGAGCUUUGUUGGACCGCGUAUCGUGAGGCUGAAACCACAACGAUCACUCCCCAGGCUGCUUUGCAUAGCAUUUCACCCCUCCUCUCCUCUCUUUUCUUCCCUCUCGCCUACUCCCCGUUGCUGUUGUCGUCAUCGCCUACACCCACCAUGACGGCCCCAACGCCCAUUUCCCCGCCCAUCCUCCCCGCCAACAACGCCGCCCCGUCGGACGGACCCGUCUCUCCCGUCUCACGAACCAGUACCUUCCCGCACAAGACGUCCCCCGCUGUCGCGACGCAGACACGUCUCAUUGACACGGCGACGCCGGCAAUUAAUUCUGUGCCUGUUGAGCUGGAUGGCAUGGCGACGAGUGCGGGAGACUUGCAGCGGAGACAGACGGGGGAGAGUGGAGUAGGCGGUGGUGGUGGUGGUAGUGGGGUGAUCAGCCCGGCAGACGAAGAGGAUAUUGACGCGGAGUUUCUUGGCGAAGGGGGGAAUGCGGGGAGGGAGGCUAGAGAGAAACGCGCUGCUAUACUUGCCUCGCGCUCAAAAGAUCCCAGCGUCAUCGUCGAUGUGCCGCAAUAUCCUACCGCCGAGGAAGUAGAAGCUGCGAAAAGUGCAGAGGGCAUGAUUACGCCUGGCUUGCAUUCGCCGGGGAUGGCGUCACGGUCGCUAGGAGGCGCGCGGUGAUAUGGAGAAUAUCGGAGGCUUUUGGCGCUGGGUUGGGUGGGUUGCAUUGGCUUGUGUUGCAGGAGUAGAUUUUCAAGGGAGGAGUCUUCACGAACAUGCAAGCGUUAAGGAUUUUGACUUAUCGAGGCUUUUAUGCUGAGAAUUUGGAUAUAUAGUUUCCUUCUUGGAUGGGAUGGAAUGGGUAAUAACCAUUGUUCAAUGGAUUUUGAUGCAUAUCGAGAUGUCUUCUUACGGGCAGUGUAUUGCAAGCAUUGGGUUGGCUCAUUUCCAUACCGUCGACCAUUUUACGAAAAACCAAUGC